AGCAGUGGCUACUCCGGUAGCUGCUCCUCCGAGUCUCCUUGCACGGGUGAUCUGACCUACUACGUGGCUGGACUGGGAUCUUGCGGCAUCACCAGCAACGGCAACACCGACAUGGUGGUUGCGCUUCCCCAUGGCAUCAUGCAAGACAGCGACUGCGGCAAGACCGUGAAGAUCACCUACAACGGUGUGACCGACUACGGCACCGUCUGGGACAAGUGCAUGGGCUGUGACGAUGUGUCGAUCGACCUGUCGGAGAAGCUGUUCAAGAAGUUCGGUACCGAGGCCGAGGGACGCCUGACGGGCGCGGAGUGGUACAUUGAGUAG